UAGUUCUGUUACGUGUUCAACACGUGCCGAAUCAUAACCUACAAUUUUGCAGAGGAAGAAGAUCUGGUUUGUUUUGACUGUUGUACAUUUAGUAUUUAUCAUGGGGAAAACGAAGAAAACUAGGAAAAUCGUCGAGAAACGAUAUGCGAAAAUGAAGAAAAUGAUCAGUAAAAGCGACCCACGGAUAAAAGAAUCGCUGCGCGCACCACCCAGAAAGAAAAAACCGGAGGACCCACACCAAAUAAAGGUUCACGAAGCCCCGCAAGUCAGUUCUGCGUUGUUUUUCCAGUAUAACUCGCAGUUAGGACCGCCGUAUCAUAUAUUAAUUGAUACUAAUUUCAUUAACUUUUCAAUUAAAAACAAGCUGGAUAUUAUACAAAACAUGAUGGAUUGUUUAUAUGCCAAGUGUAUUCCUUACAUUACAGAUUGUGUCCUAGGUGAAUUAGAAAAACUGGGCCAGAAAUAUAAAGUGGCUUUACGUAUAAUUAAGGAUCCCAGGUUUGAGCGAAUACAUUGUCUGCAUAAAGGGACUUAUGCUGAUGAUUGUUUAGUGCAGAGGGUUACCCAACAUAAGUGUUACAUAGUGGCCACAAAUGACAAGGACUUAAAACGUAGAAUAAGGAAAAUACCUGGUGUUCCUAUUAUGUAUGUGUCACAGCAUAAGUACACCAUUGAGAGAAUGCCUGAUGCAUAUGGUGCCCCAAAAACAUAAUAUCAUGUGAAUUUUGGUUGUUGAUAUUUAUAAUACACAUAUUUUAUUGUAAAAGAAAAUAAAUGAUUUUUUUAAAUAAAUAA